AGCAUUUUUCAGCUGUAAAUUUAGGACCUUUGGUGUUCCUGGGGCUCCCUAGGCUUUCAAGCUUUAAGCUUUCUGGUAUUGUGGUCUGUUUUAUCGUAGACCCAUUUUCUCAUUCAUAGGGGUAAGGUAGUUUAAGAUUGCAUGAUUCUAGCAUUUGGGGCGUUUUCUGGUUUGUAAUUAGAGAUUCGAGUAGGUGUGUGGUGUUUGGUUAGGCCAGAAUGUUUGGGAAUGAGCACUGUUUUGUGGAAUGGAAAGAACAUUUUGUUUCCCAGGAGAGGGGCAACCGUGUGGUUCAUUAUUUCUUGAAGGAUUCUGGUGGGGAGUCCAUCCUUGCAGUUAUAGGUACGGAGAGGAGUGUUAGGCACAUGUUCUAUGUUGUUGCUGAUGAGUUUUUGGAAGUGCACGGAAAGGAAAACUCGGCUAGUUCUAACUACAAAUGGAGAUCAAGAAGGGAGGUUGUGGAUUGGCUUACUUCUAUGCUGUCCAAGCAGCAUUUACAUGGAGAUAUGUUUGAUUCACUUCAACAUGAUUCAUCACGUGCUUUAGGGAGUCCCGAAUAUCCAACUAAUGCAAUUAGUGGUCCUGAGAUCCAAGUUUCCAAAGACACGGGCCAUCUUGCAAAAGCCUUCAAGAUGAACAGUCCAGACAUUGUUUGGUCAGGUGUUUCAUGGACAUGCGGUAAACAGCUCAAGCAUUUUCCAGCAUUCUGCAGGAAUGGAAUUAAGAUAGAGAUCAAGUCCUUUGUAUUCGUCAUGGCAAAGGGAGAAAAUCGCUAUGUUGCUUAUAUGGAAGAUAUGUAUGAAGACAAAAGGGGUCAAAAGAAGGUCAAAGUGAGGUGGUUUCACCGUAAUCAGGAAGUUAAGGGGGUAAUUCCUCUUCAAAAUCCUCACCCAAAGGAAGUUUUCAUCACGCCAUAUGUGCAGGUCAUUAGUGCAGAGUGUGUUGAUGGUCCUGCCACAGUUUUAACGCAUGAACAUUAUGAAAAGUGUGUACUUGUGUUUCCUCAGGCUUUAUUGGCCAAAGUACAUCUUUGCUACAGGCAGUUUAAAAGUAAAAGGGUGAAGCCAUUUGAUUUGAGUAAGAUGCAUGGCUAUUUUGUUCAGCCGAUUCUCUCCUAUUUGAGUCCCAACUUUUUACCAAAUUCAGAGUGUAUGAGUGGUACUUUGAUUGGAACAGAAGACAAGUUGGACCCAAGUGACUAUGCCAAGCUGGGAACUAAGAGAACUAGAAAUGGAAGGCCAUGCCAGAGGGUUCCAACUAAUCGAAACUCAAACAUUGGUUAUCUAGACAGGAGGUCGCUUUCUUGGUAUACCCCACUAUUUAAGAUUGAUGAAAAGAUAGAAUUGCUAUGCCAAGAUAGUGGCAUUCGGGGUUGCUGGUUUAGGUGUACAGUCUUGCAGACAUCACGAAAGCAGAUUAGAGUCCAGUACAAUGAUUUGUUAGAUGAGGAAGGAUGUGGCAAUCUUGAGGAAUGGAUCCCUGCUUUUAGACUGGCUAAGCCUGAUAAGAUUGGCAUGCGGCAUGUAGGUCGCCCAAUGAUACGGCCAGCUCCUUCUAAGGAGCAAAUGGACCUUCCUCUCGAGGUUGGAUCUGCAAUUGAUGCAUGGUGGAGCGAUGGCUGGUGGGAAGGGAUUAUAACUGAAUUUGGCAGCUGUGAUGAUAAUUUUCAAGUUUACUUUCCGGGGGAAAGCUUACUCUUGAACAUGGACAAAAAGGAUCUAAGAAUAUCUAGAGAUUGGUUGGGGGACCGGUGGGUUGAUAUAGAAGCGAAACCUGAUGUCCUCUCAGCCAUAUCUUCAACAAUUAGCUCUUGCACUAGGCCCUUUGUGUCAUCCGACAUUGCUAAGGAUGUUGCGGACAUUGAUUGUGGUGAUAAUACUUUAUUGUGUCCUGAACUUCCUUCUUGUUCUAGACAUGAAAAGGAUGAACUAGGCGCAUCUCCCAGUUCUGAUCAUCUCCCGGAAAAAUUGGACUUGGUCAAUGAUAAGAAGUCACCAUCAAUGAAGGACAUUGGUACUGAAGGUGUUGAUGGCAAUGACAGUUCUGGUGAUAUACAGGUUGUCCAAGGUAAUGAUGACGGUGAUGAGAAAGAUGACCACAAUGGUGUUGAUGAGGGCCAACAAGGCAUGGAGGUGUUUGAAACUCCAGGGAAGAACCCGAAAGCUGUAGAAAUCAUGGAAGUGACAUCAUAAGAUGUUGAACUUUGCCUUAGAUAGUUGAUGAGUUAUUGUUGGCCAAUAUCAAAGUGUCUCACUUGGGAUGUCUGUAAAUAGUUACACAGAUGUUGGGGGAAGCUCACUGCAAUUGGAGUUGGUGGCCUUCGGGGAUGUACAGUAUUGGGAGUAGAUCUAUAGUUGUUUUGUUCUGGUUUUCAGUGACUUGUUAGAAUUCUGAUACUUAGAAUUAGAAGCUCAGAAUUUGGGUCCUUAGAUUGUUGUGGUUGAGAAGAUGGGGGAGGUCUGGUUUAGCAGCUGAUUUCAGUUUUUUCCAUCCCAAGUACAGGUUCUUAUGCAUUGCUCACCGUGUGCCUUCUGAAUAAGUCCGUUCUUCCACCCUAGUGCUGUUGUUCAUGACUGCGUGUAACUCGCGUCAAAGAUGAUUCGAAGUCUCUUAUAAUGUUAAAUAAUUUUAUUUUCUUGGCUCCAUGUUGUGUAGAACUCAAACCUGAUUCAGUUCUGGAAAUUAUAGUGGUUAAAUAACUUUCCCUUUUG